GGGCAGAAUGUCCCGUAACAAUAAUGGUGGAGAUAAGGAGGCGCGAAGGCCGCUUCUCAACGGAAAUCAGCUGGAUCCAACCGAGCUGGACUCUGAUGAAGGUGAGGUGAUUUUCGACAGAAGGUCCUCAGUCAUCUCAGACGAAUCUGGAGGGACCGCAACAAAAAGACUCACUUAUGAGGAGGCGGUCGAAGAAGCAGGUUUUGGUUUGUUCCACUGGCUCCUGCUGGCCGUGUGCGGCUGGGCCAACGCCAGCGACGCCGUGGAGAUCCUCUGCGUGUCUUUCCUGCUGCCGACUGCGCGCUGCGAUCUGCUGCUGAGCUCCUCGGACAUGGGCCUGCUCACUGCCAGCAUUUUCCUCGGAAUGAUGGUUGGCGGCUACAUGUGGGGAUACCUGGCUGACCAGAGGGGGCGCCGUAAGGUGCUGGUGGUGUCGCUGACCGUAAACGGGCUGUUCGGAGGGCUGGCCAGUGCGGCUCCGUGGUUCUGGCUCUUCCUGCUGCUGCGGUUCAUCAGUGGCAUUGGGGUGGGUGGAUCCAUCCCUGUCAUCUUUUCCUACUUCUCAGAGUUCAUGCCCCGGCUGAGGAGAGGGGCCAUGAUCAGCGCUCUGGCCACCUUCUGGAUGGCAGGAAACAUCCUGGCUGCAGGUCUGGCCUGGUUGGUGAUUCCCAGAACCUGGGCCCGUUUCUCUCUGGGAACAUUAGACUUCCAGAGCUGGAGGCUGUUUGUGGUGCUGUGCUCGGUUCCCAGCACCUCCUCCGCCAUCCUCUUCAAGCUGCUCAUGCCCGAGAGCCCAAAGUUCCUCAUGGAGGCGGGUCGGGCAGAAGAGGCGAUCCGGGUCUUCAGGCUGAUGUUUGAGAUGAACAUGAAGGGAACAGAAAAGGCCUUUCCGGAAUUUGCUUUGCGUACAAACUCCAAACCAGGAGGGGAAAUCAGAGAGAUCGGAUCUGGUGAUACAAAAAGAAAACAUCUCAUGAGUGUUUUAAAACAGGCCUUGCUUCCCAUUAAACAGAUGUUCAGUGGCUCUGUCAAAGCCCGCAGCAUCGUCCUGCUCAUCAUCUUCUACUGCAUCUCGUUUGGGUACUAUGGGCUGUGGAUGUGGUUCCCAGAGCUUUUCGCUCGAGUUGAGAGCAGCGGCGGCUCUCCCUGCGCCAACGUCUCUGUGCCGUCUGCGCUCAACAACCAAAGCUGUUACCCGGUCAAGACAGCAGUCUACAUGGAGGGCUUCAUCAUCGCUGCAUCGAACCUGCCAGGCAACAUCUUCACCAUCCUCAUCAUGGACAGCACCGGCGGAAAGACUCUGCUGUCCUGCAGCCUGAUCGUGUCCAGCCUGAGCGUCUUCCUCAUCUACGUGGUCCAGACCAAAGCCCAGAGUCUGGGUCUGUCCUGCAUCUUCAGCGGGGUCUCUGUGAUCGCCUGGAAUGCUCUGGAUGUGGUGGGAACCGAGCUCUACCCGACCCAGCUAAGAUCCUCGGCCCUGGGUUUUUUCACCGGAGUGGGCCGAGUGGCGGCCAUCAUGGGGAACGUGGUCUUCGGGAAGCUGGUGGACUCCAGCUGCACUGUUCCCAUCCUGCUGGUGUCGGCCCUGCUGCUGACGGGAGGUCUGGUGGCUCUUCUGCUCCCACAGACCAGGCAGACGGAGCUCACCUGAUUGCUGACUUUGGUUUUUUAGAAACUCAAACAAAGCUCUUAAAGUUCUCCAGACCCAAACGAAUCUGGUGUUUCUGUUGCCUUCAGACAAUUCUCUGUGCCUUUUAAAUUCGGGCUCAUUUGCCAAAAAACAAUAGAAACUACAUGAUAUGUGGUGGGCUCCUGAGAGUUCUGCUGUUGACAUCAGAUCUUGGGUUUUGGGGAAGCAAAUCUGAUUGCCUUAUUUUUUAUUUUUUUACAAUUUUAGCAUAAGAAAAUAUAAAAACGCUACUGAAAAAUAUAUUUUCCUGAUGUGACCGGCCAUUAAUUGUGUACACUAAAAGCAGAGGCGACCUCAGUGUGUGUCUUCUAUGAGCGAUUAGCGCAGUUAGCACAGCAAGCUAAACAACAUUCCUACAGAAAUUAUUACCCAAUGUUGGUGCUAGGACCCCAAAAUCAGAUAAGAGUUUCCUCAGAACUCAAACUAGGUCAUAAAAAUGAUAAUUGUACAAGAAUAAUCACGCUUCAAUUGCUGAAACAGUUUAAAACGCUACAAAUUGAGAAACACAAUAUAUGACGAGGCUAAUGUUAUUAAUAUCAAGGUGAAGCUCAGCAGAUUUCCUUUCGCAUGUGGAGCUUUACAGCUUUCCUACUGAUGUAGAUAUGAAAACGUUUAUUCUAAAUUGCUUUGAGUUCGUUUCAAAUGCAAAGGACACAGAGAUGGGGGGGACAAAGAGUGAAAAGGGAAAGAGAUAAGAAUAGAGGAGAAAGAGAGAGAAGGAUGGAGAGAAUACAAGAAAACCCUAGAAAUCUGCUUCUAUACCUGCAGAGAGAGAGAGAAAAAACGAGAACCAAGAAACCUCAGGAACAAACAACAUAUUCAUUUUAUACAACACUGAAAAUCACCUUGUACUAAUUAAAAACUCAACAGGAUGGUAAUGUUGGUAUUCUCUGCUCAGCCUUCCUGUUAUCUCCUAAAAGUUUCGCUCUUUUCCCUCUCUCAGCCUAGAGGAGCCAAAGAAACCAAUUUGUUUUUAAACAGCUUCCUACUUUAUUUGAAUUUAUUGUACUGAUGCUGAAAACAGCUUUUAUUCUUCUUCACAUGGGACUUCCACACCAGAGAGAGCUGCUGUUACUGUUAGCUGAUCAGAAAUAAAAAUCAGAUUUUUGAGUUCCCAACUGGCUGGUCUCCAGUUGGUGACACGAUGAAGCUGAAAUUUGUGCAUAAUUUUAUAUACAAACACCAGAUGUUGAAAAUGAUUCAGGGAUUAUGUAUGUUUGUUUUUGUCACUCAAACAUUGUAAAGAAUAUGUAGUUUACAUAGUUUGUAGUUUACGUGUUGUUUUUGUGUUUUUAGGAGAAUAUUCCACAUUGAUGUUUUACUACAGCGUUCUUUAAAUAUAACAUGGAGCUUGUAGGUUGCAUGUUACAUAAGCUGGUUGUUAUUAAAUGUCAGUUUUGCUAAUUUGCAAGAUGCCUCUUAUUAAUGUUCACUGAAGUAACCAAAACAAUCCUGUUGCUCUUAGAAGAUUUUUAAAGUGCUUUUUUAUAAAUCUGUGUACAUAUAUUUAUAUCUAUGCAGUUAAAUUCACUAAGUGUCUUUUGUUGAACAAAAUGGUGCCAUCGAAUGAACAGAAAUACACUAAAUAUAAAUGGAUGAUCAUUGAGUUAACGUCAAGCAGUUUGAUUUGAUAGUAUAUCAGAGCCAUUAUUCAUCUUCAAAAUCUUCAAAAAAGAUUUAUAUAUAAUUUGAUUAGAGAUGAUUGAAAUACUGAUUUACAUUUUUGUUUGACUUAUUAAACUAGAUGUGCUGGAAGAUGUCAGUCAGUUGCCACUGUGACGCAGCGUUUCUGUCAGCUUUCAAUGUUCUCCAAUGACAAUCACUUGCUACAUUCCAAAAAUAAAGGUACAUUGAAAGUU